AAUACGUGAACUGGCCGUGCCGGUGGGAAGAGUUUGACCAUUUUUAACUUCAGAACCAGAGCAGCACCAGCUAAUCGUCCAUGUUGGAUUUCAGAGUGCUGGACCGCUGCGGGUCCAACCUCCAGCAGAAAUCCCGUCUGAUGAGGCCCGUCUGCACGCAGAGGAGCCUCAUAUCCUCAGGAAGACGACGCACAGAGGACGUGUAAGGACAUUUGUAUGUUUCAAGGUUGUUUCUAUGAAUAUGUAGGCAGAAAAACAGAUAUUCUUGCUGUAGUUUGUGUUUAAUAGGUAUUGAACCUGACAGUUACAGUUGCUUUUGAACCAUAAUAAAUGAAACAGACCAACAUAUUUGAUGAUUAUUGAUGAUUAUUGAUAAUGGCACUCAUCAAAAUGCAUUGUUUGUUACUGGUUUCUCAAUAAGUGACUAUGAUGUUUUAAUGGCUUCUUAUUGUCUUUGUGCUGUACAAAUAAACCUGAUCAAUCGAUUGAUCGAUUGAUGUAGCGUCUGAUGUCUGUGUAUGUCAGUUCAUGAAAAGAAUGAGUGCAAUGACGUUAAAACUGAUAAGUUAGUCUGUGGUCCCACAUCAUGAGCAUUUUAAAAGCACUCGGAGGUAAAAGAUCGAGGUCACAGUGAACAGAGGAAGAAGCAUCUGCUGUUGCAGCAGGUGAAGAUGCAGCAGGUGAAGACGCAGCAGGUGAAGACGCAGCAGGUGAAGACGCAGCAGGUGAAGACGCAGCAGGUGAAGACGCAGCAGGUGAAGACGCAGCAGCUGCUUCACAGCCUGCAGCUUCAGUCAGAUUCAAUGAUCCAAAAAAUCGUUUUCAGAUGCAUACGCUGCCAGAACCUUAAAGAAAUGCUGGAAUGGCAACAAGGAUGAUGUCGCUUUUCCAGGAAGUGUUUCAGCAGCCUGCCUUCAUCAGUGUUCAGAUAUUUAAACAUCCCAGUGAGAGAAACAUCGACUGUUUACUGUAGAUUCAAAUUCAGAGUUGAGACUACAGGAAGGUUUUUUGAUACGUUUCUGUGUCUACUGGUUUUAUUUUUGACUUGCAAAUGUGACAGAGAGAAUGUGGUGUGGAUCCAGAGCCAGAAGGACGGAGCUGCGUUUGAGGUUCCCUCCAGGAAGCUGCACCACUGCAGCUGACCCAGAAGAAUCAGUGAUGACCAACAACUCCUCCACCAGCCAGGUCUGUAAUCCGGUCAACGAAUCGUCUCUUCCUGGAUUCAUAUUCUUCUACAGUUUGGUGUUUGUGGUGGGUUUGAUCCUGAACAGCUACACCUUGUGGUUCCACCUCUGCCGCACUCAGCAGAGGGUCCCAAAGAGUUGGAUGAUCUACCUGAAGAACGUGACAGCAGCCGACUUCCUGCUCUGCCUCGGACUUCCCCUCCGCAUCGCCGACUAUGCAGGCAGGUCUGAGAAAGUUCACCUGUUCUACUGCACCUUCGGAGCCCCCAUCUUCUACAUCAACAUGUACAUCAGUAUCCUACUUAUGGGCUGCAUCGCCGUCAACAGGUACAUGAAGAUCUUUCAUCAUGUGAGGAUGCCCUUCCUGAUGACGACUCGAGGCGCCUGCUUCCUCUCAGGAGCCACCUGGGUUUUCUUCCUGGCUCCAACACCUGUAUACAUCAUCCUGAUGCUGAACACCGACAAACCUGCUUUUUCUGGUGCCAGCACUUGUGAUGUUUUGCAGAGUGAAGCAGUCAACGUAUUCUAUAAGCUUUUUCAUGCUGGUGCUGCCAUCGUCUUCCUGUCAGUGCUCUGCUCUCUGGUCUUCUGCUACUGCAGCGCCUCCCGCAGGGUUCUGCAGAUCCAGCAGAGGCAACUGGGCUCCUUCAACUCCAAGAAGCUGGAGAAGUCUCGCAGGAACAUGUUGGUGUUAGUCAGUGUGUUCUGCAUUUGCUUUCUCCCCUAUCACCUGGUUCGACUUCCGUACAUCAUACUUCAGAAACAGUGUUCUGCGGUGCUCUAUUACCUGAAGGAGGUGACUGUCUUGAUAUCAGCUUUUAAUAUCUGUCUAGAUCCUCUGAUUUACGUCUUUCUUUGUAAGGAGUUCAGGGCCAGGUUGAACUUGCAGCACAUGUUCUCCACUACAAAAGACAACUCCAGUAUCUCAGGCUCAGAGGCUGAAACAGAAAUGGGGAACCAACAGACCCAGCAGAUCAUGAAUGCAACAACUUCAUCCAUCCAUAACAUCUCAGUCCAGAAUAUGACAUGUGAUUUAGAUGUGAAAUUAUGCAACUCUUUCCUGGUAGUGGUCUACAGCCUGCUGUUCCUGGUGGGCUUUAGCCUCAACAGCUUCACCUUGUGGUUUCACUGCCGUGGAGUUCAUGGCCAAGUGUCCAAGAGCUGGAUGAUCUACCUGAAACAUCUGACAGCGGCUGACUUUCUGCUCUGUGUCACCAUCCCUCUGCGCAUUAUUCACUAUGUCAGAAGCUCAUUCACCAUUCACCUGUUCUACUGCAGCAUUGGAGCCCCGCUCCUGUUCCUCAAUAUGGCUGCUAGCAUCCUGUUCAUGAGCUAUAUAGCAGCUAACAGAUACAUGAAGAUACUUUAUUCCCCGGGAAGUCACAUCCUGAUGAGCGCCAAAGCCAGCCGCGUCAUCUCAACAACCACCUGGGUUGUUCUCCUGGCCAUAACAACACCUUACGCCAUCAUGAUGCUGGUCAACGAGAAACAUCAUGAUGAUGAACACACUAUGUGUGACCAUCUGAUCAGUGAACCUGUCAAACCACUGCACACAGCGAUUCAUGCUUUUACUUUCAUCGUCUUCCUGUUGGCACUCGUCUCUCUGGUCUUUUUCUACUACAGCACCUCCCGCAGGGUGCUGCAGAUAGAGAAGGCCCAACUGGCCUCCCCCAACUCCAAGAAGCUUAUGAGGUCUCGCAGGAACAUGUUGGUGUUGGUCAGUGUGUUCUGCUUUUGCUUUGUUCCUUAUCACUUUGUUCGACUUCCAUACAUCAUACUUGAGAAAAACUGUUGGGUAGAGUUGUACUACAUCAAGGAGUUUGCCGUUUUACUAUCAGUUUGUAACAUCUGUCUGGAUCCGCUUAUUUACGUCUUUCUUUGUAAGGAGUUCAGGGCUCAGCUUAACCUGAAAAAGAUAUUUUGCACAAAACGGAAGAGAAGCACGUCCAGUUUGGAGGCAAGAUGA